AUGGAGAGCGAGUUGAGACCGAGGCUCUGUUACCUCACUAAAGGAGACCGUGGGUAUGGCUUUCACUUGCACGGGGAGAGGAAUAGAGGUGGACAAUUCAUCCGAAAAGUGGAACCAGGGUCCUGCGCGGAAUGGGCCGGACUCCGAGCGGGCGACAGAGUUGUCGAAGUCAAUGGGGAGAAUGUGGAAAACGCAACCCACCAUGAAGUGGUGACCCGAAUCCGGGAGGUGGAUUUCCGCACACGGCUGCUCGUAGUGGACAGAGAAACUGAUGAAUACCUCCACAGACGCGGCUUGGCCUGCGCUGAUGCUCUAGCCAUGGAGAUGGGCACCCUCUCACCACGUCCCUCCCCAGCACCCACUCCUAGCUCCUCACCCAUCCCACCCAUUCUGCUGAGAGAGCUUGGAGCACUGUCCCCCAAAACAAAUCGCUAUGCCUUGUCCACAGUGCACCCCCUCACUAUCUCCCACUCCCCCACUCCCACGGUGACUGAUGGAAAGUCUUCCAGAAACUCCACAGCCUCAAGUAUCACUACAGACACAGAGAUUCGAGUGGAGCCUUCACCAGAGCCCACCACAAACCUCCUGCCCCGUCUGUGUCACCUGCUGAAGGCCGACAGCGGCUAUGGCUUCAACCUCCACAGCAACAAGAAGAAGGCGGGACAGUUUGUGCGAUCAGUGGACCCUGGUUCUCCGGCCGAACAAGCAGACAUCCGCCCUGGGGACAGGAUUGUGGAGGUGAAUGGCUUGAACGUUGACGGGCUCAAACACUCGGAGGUGGUGGCUUUUAUCCGUGCUGGAGGAGACGAAGUGCAGCUACUGGUGGUGGAUCCUGAGACUGAUGAGUUCUUCCUGGGACUGGGAAUAACACCCACAACCAGCCACCUCAAAGAGGUCUACGUGGACGAAGUUUCCACCACCGAAAGUAUCCCUCCGACCCCGUCUCCGACCAUCAGCCUCACCUCGUCACACAACCCCAUUAUAAAUGUCACGCUCACAGACGGCUCCCUCAGUCCCAAAUCCUCUCCCAAGUCUCGAGCCAACGGGAGCACAGCGUCGCAGUCGUCCCGCAGCUCCACCACACAUUCUGAGAUCAGCAGCUCCGAUAUGAGCAUUCAGGUCCCAGAUGAGGACGACCGGUGCGUGCCUGACCCUUUUUCAGAGAAUGGCCUGCGGUUGAGUCCAACCGCAGCAGAGGCCAAGAGGAAAGCCCUGGCCACCAGUCGCAACAAGAAGAGAGCUCCUCCAAUGGACUGGAGCAAGAAGAAAGAGAUCUUCAGCAACUACUGA